CCUGAACCGCUUGCCAUACUUCUGCCGUAUUGCAGUCGAAACUGUCGUAAUUGCGCAGAAGCAGAGGUCACGACACAGGAUCCGGAAUGGGAGGUGACCAUGGCCACAGCAAGAUGUCCAUGCCAGACUGGCGACAGUGGAAGACUGAGGGCACUCCACUGGAGUUUACACAGCAAAGGCUGGCGGCCAGGGGCCUCAAGGACCCAUGGGCUCGUAACGAAGCAUGGAGGUACUCUGGCGGCUUUGCGCGUGCUGUCACUCUCUCCGGUGUGCUGCUGAAAGGAUUCAAAUGGGGCUUUGCUGCCUUUACUGUUGCCCUAGCUGUUGAAUAUGCCCUGUUCCCACCAAAGAAGGGCUCCCACUAAUGCACAUUAUAUUCCUCACUCUUGUCCCCUGUAUCACCUCCUUGAAUCUAUUGUCAUUCUGAAUUCAUUCAUUCAUUAAAUGUCUCUUUGAUCAA